AUGGCUGGCCAGCGGGGCACCUGGGCCGGAGGCCUCACCUGGCUGCAGAAGAUCGCCCUGGCCCUGGGCAUCCCAGCCAGUGCUGCCAUCCUCUACAUCUUGUACCGCCAAUACCGGGAGGAGCAAGAAGAGCGGAUCCCCUUUGUGGGAGAGGACGAGAUCGAAUUUGUGAUGAAGGUGCCCCAGGAAGCCGUGAAGUUCCUCCUGGGGCGGCAGGGGGCCAAGGCGAACCAGCUGCGGAAGGACACCCACGCCCGCAUCAACAUCAACCUGGAUGAUUCCGGCGAGGAGCGGCUGAUCCGGAUCGCGGGCUCCCCCGUCCAGGUGUGCAGGGCCAAAGCCGCCAUCCACCAGAUCAUGGAGGAGAACCUGCCUGUGGCGGAGAAGAUCUCCGUGCCGAUUCGGGCCGUCGGGCGCAUCAUCGGGAAGGGUGGCGAGAGCGUGCGGGCCAUCUGCCGGACCACGGGGGCCAAGAUCGAGUGCGACCGCGAGGAGGAGGGCGUCCUGUCGCUCACCCGCCUCAUCACGCUCACUGGGACGCGCAAGGAGGUCCAGGCCGCCAAGGAACUGAUCCGGGAAAAGCUGUUGGAGGACGAAGCUUUCCGCAACAAGCUGUCGCAAGCGGCCAUGUCCCGUAUGCAGCGGAAACAGCCGCUGGGCACCCGGAGGGAGAUGGCGGCUGGCGACCAGGGAGAGCGGCCUUACUCGCACUCAGAACCUCCCGGUCGAGCGCCGGAUGCUGAGUACCUCCCCCAAGAGGCUGGCGACGGGCCCCCCGAUUAUCCUGCAGGAGAUCCCCAAGAAUCGAGCGGAGCGGGGGCCCCAAUAAACCCCUGGCCUGCGCUGAGCUCCGUCUUGGAAGUGCCCAGCCCGGAUUUCAACCUCCAGGCCAAGGAUCACCUGGAGGUCUACAUCUCGGCCUCGGAGAGCCCCAGCCAUUUCUGGAUCCAAAUUAUCGGCACCAAGGCCCUCUAUCUUGACAAGCUCGUCCAGGAGAUGACCAAAUACUACGACGGCAGCGACGACGGCGAGGUGAGCGUGCAGGUGGGGGACAUCGUGGCGGCCUACUAUCUGGAAGACCAUUCCUGGUAUCGGGCCGAGGUCUUGGGGAUCUUGGACAACGGCAACCUGGACCUUUAUUACGUAGACUUUGGGGACAACGGGGAGGCGCCCCUGGAGAAGCUUCGGCUGUUGCGGGGUGAUUUCCUUGGCCUCCCCUUCCAGGCCAUCGAGUGUAGCCUCGCUGGUGUGGCCCCUGCCGGCCCGUGUUGGGAAGAGGCCGCCCUGGAUGAGUUUGACCGCCUCACCCACUGCGCCCAGUGGAAGUUGUUGUUUUGCAAGAUCUGCACCUACCAGCCCGUGGGGAGCAGCGUGCGGCCGUACGUCCGUCUGUUCAAGCCCGCCAACGGGCAGUUUGUCGACGUGGGAGAGGAACUGAUCCGGUUGGGCUACGCCGUGCAGAAGUUGUCGGACGGGGACGGGGAAGCCUCGAGGGACCUGCCCGGAAACCUGGCCAACCUUGCAGGGACGUCGUUAGAGAAUCUGUCAGAAACGGCCUCCCUGUCGGAAGAGGAGGAGAACACGGUGAUGCUAUGA